UCCAUGCUGCUGAUUGAAACCACCUUCUGUACUGGAAUCACCUACCGAAGAUUACGGAGUUCCCAACAAUAAUUCAUAUCCAGCCUCUGUCGAUGCACACGCGGCAUUCAUUUCGUUAGUUUCAUUCAUCCAGUGCAACUCGUAGUGUUUAUCCAACCAUUGAACAGUCUCACCGCAGCUCUUGCUGCUGCUACUACUAUUCAAACUCAAAGCCGCUACCGAGCACCGAGGCCUAACCAUGAACGUGAAUUGGUUUCGCAGGAUCGGCUACAUUUACGUCGUACUUUGCUUUCUCUGUUCUGUUGCGGGAGCAAUCUACUCCUUCGCCAACAUCGUGGACAUAAAAACCGUUUGCGUUCAGUACUAUUGUAAUGCUGGAUUUGAGAGUCUGCUGAUUUCUAUUAUCAGCAUGAUUGUGUGUCUGCUGUCGGCAACUUUUUCAAUCUUCGUCAAAUUGGGAAUUGAAGAGGGCGAAUCAGGAUACAUCCACAUCAGCCGGACGUUCAUGUUGGUACGAAGUCUGGUUCUGACUAUCCGUUUGACGUACGAAAGUGCCUCAUUGAUGGUUGCGGAAAUCAACGAAGAAGUUACACCGGAAGUCGUACGAUUUAAGAAUACCACAACUAUUUUGCUGAUUGCAAUAACAGCCGCUACCGGUUUGGAGCUGUGGAUUCUAGAUGGUGUGCAGAAAUAUACGCUUCAAACUUUGCAAGAGGAAACAGCUAGCAACAGGUCAUGA